AUGCGAGCCAACGAGCUCAGCGCAUCGGCUCUUCGACCUGAAGACGGCAAGCUGCCCUCAGAACAGCGAGUACUUUAUGUACUUGAACAACUGCAAGCACUCGUAGAAAGGAUAGAGAACGAUAAAUGCAGUGAUCAUUCGACGUCGCGCACACAAACUCCACAACAGUCAGCAACAUCGGCGCUGCUCGGCAGUGUCAAUGCGCGACAGACGACCACUCUGAUCUCAAAGGCCCUCGUGUUGAACACAAUCAGUUCCAGCGCUGAGCAGAUUCUCCGCCAUCCAAAUGUGUAUAUCACAACCAACAUACUCAACGCCUACGUCAAUCUUCAAUGCCUGCUUCAGAAGCCUUCUAGUCUUCCGGACAUCUUCAACCUGUAUGCGCACAAGUCCGUACCAAGACAGACCCGUGACGGCGCAGUCUCAUACCGAGCAGCUUCCUCUGUCGCGAUCAAGAAUCCAUCCGCCGCUGUUCCUCCCGGUACUGCGGCUGCUGCUUUGAAAGGCGCAAUCGCCGCGCACGAUCUCGCUCUGGCAAUUGAUGUCGUGGAAACGACCUACUCGACCACGUCUUACCGCAACUCGAAAAUUGUGCGAGAUGCUGGACUUCCACUCGCAGCGACAGGGGUGUUGCCUUUCGCCCUGUGGGCCGUAUGCAACCAAAUUGGCGCCCUUUCACCUGCAUUGUCUCAAGUGAGUGCUACAAACAUGGCAUUCGCAGGCUUCAUGACCUAUCUCGGGACCGUGGGGACUCUCGGAUAUAUCACAGUCACCACAAGCAAUGACCAGAUGGAGCGUGUCACCUGGGCACAAGGUAUACCUCUCUGGGAGCGUUGGGUGCGAGAGGAUGAGCGGGCUGCCAUUGACAAAAUUGCACUGGCUUGGGGAUUCAAAGAUGCGAGCCGAAGAGGCGAAGAGGAUGGAGAAGAAUGGGAGUACCUCAGAGAAUGGGUCGGCAUGCGGAGCAUGAUCCUUGAUAAAGUCAGUCUGAUGGAGGGUAUGGAGUGA